AUGGUUAGUGCAAUCUCCGUGUUCCGCAGCGAGAGACCACUAUGGCGCAGCGAGCAAGUCGUCUGCUCGGCGCUCACCAGGUGCAGGGUUCGAGUCCGCUGAAGACUUUUUCAAUUACCAUAACGAUCUGAAGGAACGUGAGUGAUAAAAAAAAUACCUGAGGACUCUUUUGGUUCUAUUUUACGCAAAAGUUACCUGGUUCUGCUGAUAACAAUGUGUGGACAAGGUUAGUAUUAUUUAACCUGGAAAUUAAUGUUUUUGCUUUCCCAUCACUCAACUGUUGGUGAUAACGUCUAUUUUCAAAAUCUACACCUUGGAACAAAUGGACACGGGCGAGCAGAAACCAAGGAGGUAUUUUCUAAAUGUUAUUCAUUACGAUUGUUUUCAGACACCUCGAUAUUCUUCUCAUCAUUCAUUUUGUCGGCUCGGUGGCACAUUUUCUAGCCGCACUUUUUCUAUAUUUUUCGUGGAACAACCUACAAAUUUGCGACGAAAUCAGCAGCAAAGUCGGAAUCCUUCACUGUGAGUAUAAAUAAAAUUUCAAGGGCUGAAUAGAUGAGAUAUCAAUGGUUUGUAUUUCGAAAAUCUGAGGAAGGCGAUCGGAAUUUCAAAAAGUUUGGUUGUAAAAUAAAUGCGGACAUUAUUUUUUUUAUUUUUUUUUGUAGUAUUCAGACUUUAUCAGCAGGACUUAUUACUGAAUAAAUAUAGUUUCUAAAAGCGAUUUUGGUGAAAUCUUUCUUACAUUUCAGUGGUCCUUGUUGUAAUCUACUGCUUGGCGACUUUUCUCAAGUUGGCCCUAUCCCUUCGACAUUUUUUCAUCAGCAACUUUCAACCAAGGCACCAUCAUCGCAUCUUAGUAUUGUGCGUCUGAAUUUUUGCGAUUCUGUUAUUCUAGAUCAUUUCAGUUCUUCCGCAAAACAAAGCCGCUUUGGCUUGUUUUUCCCAACUUCUCACGCAACUUUUUCUCAUGACGAGUCGAGAAUGCGGAAUUGAAGAAUUUCCGGUGAGCUGAAGGUGUUUUUCUGAAUUAUUAAAUGACGAUGAGAACACCAAUAUUUGUAGGAAACAAAAAUAUUCAAUUUUCCCUGGCUUCGACUUUUUUUUUGCGUAGGUCUCCUACGCAUGGCUUAAAGCCUCAACCAGCGAAAUUAUUUUUGGAAACAAAUUUCCUAUCAUCAGAUUCCAAUACUCUAGCUGGAUCCUUGGAAGGCCGAAAAUAGACUCUAUUCCAGAAACCAGUCUUCUACACGACAGCUUUCUGUACGACGUCCGUGCUCUUCAACUACGUCUUCACCAUGUUUGCCGUGAAAUCUUUCAAGCGAAAACAAUGAUAAAUAAACGUCUCCCUACAAUUCGAGUACAGUUCUUCAACAAACACAAGUGUUUUACUCGCAGCAAAUUUGUCGGAGACUCCUCCUCCUUUAAUCCAACUUGUAACACUUCACCUUAUUCGAAUUUGAGAAUCGGAGGGCGUACAAAAGACGCCCAAUUUGUCGAAAACAUUCGAUUUCUGGUUCCCAAAACCACACAGUCUUCAUUCUUUUGAAAUUUUCUGUCAGUGGUUUAUCAUUUCGCUCAAAAAAGUAUUUGUUCUUUUUUGAAAAAAAAGAAUGCUUCGAAGUUUUUCUCCAUUCAAUUUUCGGCUCAAUCGAGAAACUUUCUGUGGGCCUGUUGUGCUCUGUGAAUAGAACAAAUGUGCAAAGGAUAGCUGCCCUCAAUUAACUGUUUUUUUUUUCCGAGGGAUUUCCACAAAUCGUUUUGUUUACGAUUCAACACUAUAUCCAGUUUUUCCUCAUGUUUUAUUUUUUCAAUACAACUAUUCUCCAUUCAGAGACUCCAAUAUCUGCAGUGAUGAGCGUUUCCGCACUUCCCAACUCUGUUAAAAGUCAGUUUCAAACCUGUAUUUCUUUAAAAUCUAAUUUUGAAUUUUACAGACUUGUUCCCAGAGGAAAAUCUCAAGUUCGCGGAGUCAAUCACCGAAAGUGAAGCCAAGGUGCUGAGAGAGGUUGGUAGUCGAUUUUGUUGCUUGAUUUGAAUGUCUUUGACACAGGCUUUCCAAAAACACGGAUGUUUUGAAGAAUGCGGAGAAAUGAUCAGCCACGUAAGAGAAAAGUCGCCGGAAUUGGCCAGACGAAUGCAGGAAGUCUGGAUUUACUUUGGAAGCAAAUCAUGGAGGCCGAUUUCAGGUUCUGGAGGCGAAUAAGAAUCGACUGAGUGGGUUGACUCCCGAAGCGAUCGCCUACUCGAAAAGAGUAAGCUCAUUUUGCAAACUAGAAACAGAAGAUAAAGAAAUUAGGAAAGGUUGUGUUAUCAAAAGACGGAGCGAUUCGAAAAGGGAUGAUGAAAAAAAAAAUAAAUAAAAAGUUUUGAAACCCUUUCUAAAGCCGAGUUACUAACUUUUCGUUCUCGAAGAAGAUUGGGAAUUUUUUUAAACAAUCUAUUGUGUUUAGGCCAAAAUUUUCUUAAAAAUUACCGAAACUUUGCAGGUCAUUUGCAUGGUAACUCGAAUUUUGUGCAACUUGACCCUGGGGAAACCGGUCGACGAGUCGGAAGCUAAUCGAAUCACAGAGGACUUCAAGGUGUUCUUGAUUAUUCACAAAUUGGAUUAAAUUAACUCGCAAAGUUUUAUGAUGUUUCAAUUUUUUCCAGAAACUGUGCGACAGCGACCGUCUCGGCAUGCAGAACAACAAUCCAGACAUCAAGUUUCAGUGA